CUGAACGGUAAAACAGUUGAGCUUGCUUCUGUUUGUGGCUUGUCUUUGCUGUCUGUGGGUUACCUGCAUUGGGAAAAGGAGAUGAUUUCUGUGAAGACAAGGUUGAUGUUUGUUUCCCUGGUGGUCCUGGGAGCCCUUUAUUUCUAUUUCAGUGAAGAUAAACUGAGUCCAAUUAAAUAUAAUCUCAACACCGAGAGGAGAGACUUCCUCCAGUUCCCCGAGCUCGACUGCGAGCAGAACCCCCCCUUCCUGCUCCUGCUGGUGACCUCGGCCCAGGACCAGGCGUUGGCUCGCUCUGUCAUCAGGGGCACCUGGGGCAGAGAAAGGCUGGUGACAGGGAAACGCAUCAAAACGCUCUUCCUCCUGGGGGCCGGCCCCAACAAGAACCUCUCAGGAGAGGUGUCCCAGGAGAGCCGGCAGCACCGAGAUAUCAUCCAGAAGGACUUUGUGGACACGUAUAAUAACCUGACCCUGAAGACACUGAUGGGCAUGGAGUGGGUCCACCGCUUCUGUCCCCAGGCGGCUUUCGUGAUGAAGACAGACACGGACACCUUUGUGAACGUCUAUUACCUGACUGACCUGCUUCUGCAGAAGAACAGGACCGCCCGGUUCUUCACGGGCUUCUUAAAAAUGAAGGAGUUUCCCAUCAGGAACAAGAACAGCAAGUGGUUUGUGAGCACAGAGGAGUAUCCGAGGGAUAAAUACCCUCCCUUCUGUUCGGGCUCUGGCUACGUCUUCUCCAGCGACAUCGCAGGGCUGGUCUACAACGUGUCCCGAAGUGUCGCCUUCCUGAAGCUGGAGGACGUGUUCGUGGGGCUCUGCCUCGAACGGCUGAACAUCACACCGCAGCCGCUGCACUCAAAGAACACUUUUUUCCCAGUCACAGUACCCUUCUCCAUUUGCCGCUUCAAGAAAAUUGUGACUUCCCAUUAUGUCAGACCUAAAGCCAUGCUGCUCUAUUGGGAGGCUCUGGAAAGAUCUCUGGGAGAAGACUGCCCUGCUGUGUGAGUCACCAUGCAAUGAGGACAUGCUUUGGAUACCCACACAAGUAUUUAGAGAGUAAAUGUGUAUUUCUGUCUUUUAUAUAUAUAUUUUUGGCUGAGCUUGGGUUGUAUGCAUGCAUGACUUCAUUGCUCCAGGCCAAGUUUGUCCUUAAGACAGAGAGACAAAGAUACCUCAGCACUGAAGCGUAUUCGGUCGCCAUAGUGCCUCUGUGGUGUCCCUGGGCUCCAGUCUGGCUUGAGUGCGUGGCCAUGC